CACACAAGAAAGGGAUGGCAGAACCAGAGACAAUCCCAUAUUCCCGUUUGGUUGUACCUGUCCUUCUCGUGGUUGGUUGGAUUGCAGGUUGUGCAUUAAUGGUGUACUAUGUCUUCUCCUAAGAGAGGGGAAGAAGCCAUUGCAAAAGAAUCCUCAAACUAGAUGAAGACGGCUAUUUCUUUCUUUAAAAAAAGAAAUACUACACAAAUUAUGUUCCAAUACAGUUCCAGCACCAUCAUAAUAUAUAUACUUUCUGCCUGCUGUGUAUCUAACACAAGGAUUCCAAAAUAGUUUUGUAAAUUUAAAUAACUUUGAAUUAAAAUUACAUUGGAUG